GGGCAGAUAGAGGACUGUGGGGGUAAGUACAGAUAGGAAAGGGUAAAUUGUGGAUGGUAGGGAGUAGACAGUACAAGGCAGGGGUAGAUAGAGUUGGUAGGGGGUAGAUGGAAGGAGGAGGUGUGUGGCACAGUACAUAGAGAACGGCUUGGUGGUACGUGGACCCAGCCCUCUGAGGGCACACCUAGUUGGUAGGGGGGGCAAUAUAUUACGUAUAAGGGCAGAUAGAACCCAUAGGGGAAGGCUCUGGACAUGUCGGACUCCCUUUCCUUGCGCCUCUGUAAGGUGCUUUGCGCUAAUGGGGGCAGCAUGGAGCUGGGGCAACUGGGCAGGGCCCUGGGUCUGACCUCUAAGAAGAUGGCACGGCUGCUGGAGGCGGAGGAGGGUCGCAUUCUGGUGACCAGGCCCCAGGGCAGUGAGCAGGUGUGUGUAUAUGUCAGCACUCUACGGAUGUGUGCCGACAGGAACCAGGAAUGUGCUGGCGACUGCGAGAGGCUCCACCUGUGCCGCUACUACGUCCUGGGGGGCUGCACCAGGUCACACUGUAAGUUUAAUCACUCCAUCGAUCAGGACCACAUCACUCGUGUGUUAAAGCUGCACCAUCUUGCCGGCCUGACCAUAACGGAACUCCGCCAUCUUUUAUUACAGAAUGACCCCAACCUACUGCCCGAUGUCUGUAUACAUUAUAACCGCGGAGAAGGCCCUCAUGGCACCUGCACCUACAAAACCAGCUGCAACAAGCUGCACAUCUGCCAGCACUUCCUCCAGGACGACUGCAUGUUCGGAGUAAAGUGCAAGAGGUCGCACAACCUGGCCGCAGAGGACACCAUACAGAAACUGAUGAAAUGGGGGCUGGCCGCUAGCAUUGUGCCCAUGAUCCUGGAAACGUACCUCAAUGCCAACGCCAUAAAGAAUGGCACUAAAGCGUCUCCGAAAACGGCAAUAAGAUCCCCGGCUAAGGAUGGCCGGUGUCCAGUUCCUUCCACAGACCCGGCCAGACUCCAGAAAUCAGCCGACCAGCAGCCUAUAGAGGAGAUCUGCUUGUACUUCAUAUUAAACAGCUGCAACUUCAAAGAGAGGUGCGUCCGGGACCAUUAUCACCUCCCAUAUCGCUGGCAGGUCUCCAAGGAUGGUACGUGGGAGGACUUCUCCGAUAUGGAGACCAUCGAGCAGGCUUACUGCGACCCCAACACCAGAAAGGCGGUGUUACAUGUGAACUUUGAUACCAUGACGUACAAGAGAAGUAAGAUAAAGCGGCUCUCCACCCCGUCUUCUGCCUCCAAGCCGCCUCACUUCAUACUUACCACCGACUGGCGCUGGUACUGGAGGGAUGAAUACAAUAUGUGGAUUGAGUAUGGCCAGGAGACGGACGACCACAAAACCUCCACCAUAACCAGCCGGGACAUAGAGAAUGUUUUCAUGUCUGAUAAGAAGACCAACAUACAGUUCAAGGCCGGGAAGCAGGAUUACGUGCUGAGCUUGAAAGAAAUGGUGCAGAGGAACACUCGCUACGGCACCGAGAGGGAAGUGUGUCGGAGACCCAAGUUCCUGUCUGCGGAGGACGUGAGGAAGAUGAAAAUAAAGAAGUCGGACUCCUCUAAAGCAAAUAAUGACAAGUCCACGCCCGCACACUGGGACAAAGGGCAGGCGCCAGAAGUGGGGUACAAGCUAGUGCCCCUGGGCCAGGCAUCGGAGGAGUACAAGACGAUUGAGACCAUGUUUCUCCGCACUCUCCGCUUCCAGAUCCAGAGUAUUGAGAGGAUUCAGAACCCGGCGCUGUGGGAGGUUUACCAGUGGCAGAAAGAGCAGAUGAAGAAGCAGAAUGGAGGGAAGGAGGUGGACGAGCGGCAGCUAUUUCACGGUACCAGCAGUAAAAUGGUAGACGCCAUCUGCCAACAGAACUUUGACUGGCGCAUUUGUGGGGUUCACGGCACAGCAUACGGUAAAGGCAGCUACUUCGCCAGAGACGCCUCCUAUUCGCAUCAGUACAGCAGCCACGAAGAUCGCCACCAAUACGUCCUCUUUGUGGCCCGCGUGCUGGUGGGAGACUUCAUCCGCGGGUCCUCCUCGUACCUGCGCCCGCCUGCCAAACCGUCGUCCUCCUCCAGCUUCUACGACAGCUGUGUGGACAGUGAGCGUAACCCAUCGAUAUUUGUCCUCUUUGAAAAGCAUCAGAUAUACCCGGAAUAUGUGAUCAGGUACACGGAACAGCGCCAGGACCUGUCCGGCCUGAUGUCGGUACUAGGUAGUGGUUGGCUAUGACGUGGACUGUCGGCGUCGUGUUUCUCCACCUUUUAUACAGGUAGUCAGUGCGUCAUCGUGACCACAAGCUUUAUCAUAGAGGAAACAUUACUGCAUCCUAAGGUCUUUCUGUAGACCCGUCAUGAGGUGUUAUUGGGGUAUAGUUAUGUCUCCGAUAACACAGCGGUAAGUCUUUAUAUAUAUAUAUAUAUAUAUAUAUAUAUAUCCUCAGCAGUUAUUACAGACGCUCAUAUCCACUGAUUAUAAUUAUACAGUUAUAACAUAAUACAACACUCCUUCCGUGCUGCUGGCAGUUACCGUACGUAGACGCAAAAUCAGGAACACAGCAAAAGUUAUUGUAAGGUCUUAAUGGAUAGUCAUUAGAAGAAAUGUAUAGAAGUUAGUUAGGUUGCUCUAGGCUUUUAUUGAAUUGUUUUAGAAUACACACAAGCGAUUUCCCUAUUGUUCUUAAGUUUAUUUUAUGGAUUUGUAGAUGUUUUUUUGCUAUAAGCGAUACUUGAUCUUUGGCUGUAACACCCGAAGCCCCACUGUCUGCAUUUCUGACCCAUGUCGGACAACACGGUCAUGUCUGUUUGUGAGUAAUGGGUUAAUGGACUGAGGAAAGGGCUGGGUAAAUAUUGAACAGAGAUGUUUCGUCGCCGUUGCGACACCGCUGACCGAUGCUGAGACUACUGAAUCUUCUACCAAUUGUUAAGCGUUUGUACAUUUUUUGCUAAUAAAUUUUAUUUCCCUAAUUAAAUGGCUUUACCAACCUUA